AUGGCUGCUGUGAACAAGCGAUAUUUUUUAAAAGUGCUACUGUUAUUGUCCUUGAGAUUAUGCAUUAGAAGUCGAGCAGAUAAAUACAAAAAGAGGUUUUGGGUUAGAAAAAUUUACCAGGAAAGAUGCGAGAAAGGCGAAUAUCAUUUGUUAGUGAGAGAAAUGAUGCUCUUUGACCAGGAGUUUUUUACUAAUCGAUUCAGGAUGACACCUUCGACGUUUGAAAAACUUUUAACGUGGGUAGGACCUUAUCUGCAGAAAAAAUCAACUGUGAUGCGAGAUCCUAUUGCUCCUAGUGAACGGUUAGCACUGACAUUGAGGUACCUCACGACUGGGGAUGCUCAAGUGACUAUUGGAGCCAGUUAUCGUAUUAGCCCAACUACCACUGGGAGAAUAAUACACAAAACUUGCCAGGUAAUUUGGGAUGUUUUAAAAAAGCAGGGCUUUCUUGAGCUUCCCCAGAAUAAAGAACAGUGGAAGAAGAUUUCGCAGGAUUUUAACAACUACUGGAACUAUCCACACGCACUAGGGGCAAUUGAUGGGAAGCACAUUGUCAUUCAAGCACCUCCAAGAGCAGGGUCGGACUUUUUAAUUAUAAAAAAACUCAGUAUCGUGUUGAUGGGAGUAUGCGAUGCCCACUACAAGUUUAUCUUGGUUGAUGUUGGUGAUUCUGGACGUCAAUCUGAUGGUAGUGUAUACAAUAAUUGUUACUUGGGCUAUGCUAUUGAAAACAACUUGUUAAAUCUACCAGAUUCAGAGAAAAUAACCAGUAACUGUGACAUAGAUUUGCCUUAUGUACUCCUUGGAGAUGAUGCUUUUGGCCUCAAAACAUUCAUGAUGAAACCGUAUCCAGGAGCAACUUCUGAUAUUUCACAAAGGAUCUUUAACUAUAGAUUGUCAAGAGGGAGAAGGACAAUUGAAAACACUUUUAGGAUUUUAGCAUCUCGAUUUCGUGUUUUUCGACGCCCUAUUAAUUGUCAUGUGGAUUGUGUAAUUGAAAUAACAAAGGCUGCAAUUGCUCUACAUAACUUCCUGAUUUCCAGUAGAUCCCCACGAGAAAUUCAUAGUUAUUGCCCACCAAUGGUUUUACCCCAGGAGAGUGGAGACAGGGGUAUGGUUGGAAUUAGAAGGACCUUUUCUAACAAUUAUUCUAAUGAUGCUAGAAUUGUGAGAGGUUUCAGAAAGUUUUUCUCUGCAGAAGAACGAUGUGUCAGUUGGCAAAUUGAUUCAGUAACCCGAACCACAUUGAAUCAGGACAAGGAUAAAUGUUAA